AUGCGACCCCACCCCAUAUCCCUCACUCGCCAGGCAAACAUGAAGAGAUUCGUUUUCUUUCGACUUCUCCUCGGGGCCUUCCGGCCGAGUCAGGCGCCACAGGAGUUCCCGCCCCAUUCUGAUGCGCUUGGAGGCUUUCAGCAAUCUGACCAUGGUUCAACCUGUGAUACGGUGGAAGUAUUUGGUCACGCUUAUAUAGCUGGGUUCCUGUCCAGCGAUGAGCAGCUCUCUGACGACGCCCUCAGUAGCGAUGAUGAGCGUGCACCCUCGAUGGACUUGGUCAGAGCUCUGAGUGCGGGUAGCCCGGUCGCAGGCCUCCCCUUGCCGCUGAGCUCCACCGACGGCGCCGCCCGGAAGCCGCUCAGUUCUCCGUCCAGACUGGCCACGGCCACGCGGAGGACCCCUCAGAGCUCCAUGGAGGGAUUCUCCGCCAUGAAGAAAGAGACUCCUCUCCGCCACCCAGCUUCACCUCCAACGGUGGCGUCCCGGCUGCUUCCCUCGCGGCGUUGCCAAUGGCUCCGCGCGCUCCCUGUUGUCUUUCUCAUGGUGUUGAUUGCCUAUAUUUUGGCAGUCUUUGUGAUGUAUCACGCUGUCCCCCUGUUGCAACUGAAUCUUCCUCAGUCGAUGAAGCUUGCUUCGGCCUACAACCGCGGUCUCUUCGAACUUGUCAGCGUCGGCAUUCUGACGAUGCUCUUCCUCAUCUCCUACUGGCUAGCAGUAAUAACCCCGCCAGGCAGCAUUCCAGACACACAGGAGUGGUCGUACACCGGGUCAGAUGCUUCUGAUAUUGAAGGACUUCCUUCUGCCGUGGAAACAAAGAAGACAGGCGCGCGCCGCCACUGCAAGUGGUGCCGUCGCUUGAAGCCAGAUCGAGCCCAUCAUUGUCGGGUUUGCCGUCAGUGCGUGCUCAAGAUGGAUCACCACUGUCCGUGGAUCUAUAAUUGCGUUGGCUGGAGGAACCACAAGUAUUUCAUGCUCUCGCUAAUAUACGGAUCCCUUGACUCCCUCCUCAUUGCGAUCUGCAUGUUCGAAACCGUCAAAAGCGCUGUGGCAUCCGAAAAGACAGAGUUCGAGAAGAUGUUCAUGGUCUUGUUUGCCGAGACGCUCGAUAUCUUUCUCUGCGUUCUUAUUACUGGGUUUUUCCUUUUUCACAUUCACCUUGUUCGAAACGGCAUGACAACGAUCGAAUUCUGUGAGAAGCAGUUCAAACGCCCGCGCGUCCCUGAUCAAGGAAGUUUGUGGAAUAAGGGAUGCUGGAAAAACUUCACGGACGCCUUCGGAACGAAUCCGUUGGUUUGGUUCUUGCCAAUAGACAAUCGACCGGGGGACGGCGUCCACUUCAUCACCGAGGACACGCGGUUGCUUUACACCCCUGGAAUGUCCCGUACGCGGGCAUUCGAGCCGAUCAUCGAAUCAACCUCGGACUGA